AUGGAGAGUUCCAUCAUCUUCAUUUUCCUUUCACUAUCACUGUUUUCCAAUAAUUGUAAUUUCUUCUUUCAAGUUCAUGCUUCCAAAUACAAUCAUGGAAAGGUUAAGUUCAAGCUAAUCCAUAGGCAUUCACCCGAGUUAGGAAAAAUGUCUGGAACAACCCUUGGACCUCCGAGUAGUUCAAGGGAACGUAUAAAACAAUUGAUACACAGCGACACUGCUCGGCUACAUGCGAUUUCACAUAGGUUGGUCCCAAGAAGGAAGAAUUUUCAGGUCGAGACAUUGCGUAGUAGCAAUUUGGUUGAGCUUCCAAUGCGAUCGGCUGCAGAUAUUGGGACUGGACAAUACUUCGUUUCGUUUCGAAUCGGGAGCCCGCCGAGGAAGUUUAUUAUGAUAGCUGAUACGGGAAGUACUGUUACAUGGAUGAAAUGCAAAUACAAGUGCAAAACUUGUUUCGAUGAUAGGAUCCAUCAUCAUGAAAGGAUAUUUAAUCCUAAAACAUCACGUACUUUUAUUCCAAUUCCAUGCCUCUCCAGUAUGUGCAAGCAGGAUCUUGCUCGAUCUUUCUCUUUGCAAAAAUGUCAUCGGUCGACAUCUCCUUGUGCCUAUGAUUUCAGGUACUCCGAUGGCACAAAAGUUCUUGGAAUCUUCGGCAAUGAUACAGUUAUAGUACGCCUUACCAACGGCAAAAAGAUUAAAGUACCGGAUGUAAUGAUCGGGUGUAGCGAGACAAUAUUUGGAAACUUCCACGACAUUGAUGGAGUAAUGGGGUUAGGUUUUGACCAGCAUUCAUUCGCAGUGAAAGCAGCUGAGAAGUUUGGGAACAAGUUUUCGUAUUGCUUGGUUGAUCAUCUGAGCCCAAGUGACCUCGUUAACUUCCUUGUUUUCGGCGAAGUGGAUGAUUCAACAUUACCGAAAAUGCAAUACACGGAGUUGCUCCUCGGAAUAGUGAAUCCAUAUUACGCUGUAAACGUGUCUGGAAUCUCCAUCGAUGGUGAAAUGCUGGCUAUCCCAUCAUACGCGUGGGAUCUUAAGAGCGGUGGCGGGUUUAUUGUGGACUCAGGUUCGAGUUUAACUCACCUAGUGGAACCCGUGUUCAAUCAAGUCAUCGCUGCUUUCCAGGCUCCGAUUAGCAAAUUCAAGAAACUGUCAUUGAGCGUGGGGCCGUCGGAGCCGGAAUAUUGUUUCGGUGAUGUUGGCUAUAAGGAGUCUCUCAUGCCGAAACUGGAGGUCCAUUUCGCUGACGGAGCUAAGUUAACGCCUCCGGUGAAAAGCUACGUGAUUGAUGCUGCGGAAGGGGUAAAGUGCCUUGGGUUCGUCCCCACGCGUUGGCCUGGACCGUCUGUGAUUGGCAAUAUUUUGCAGCAAAAUCAUUUGUGGGAAUUCGAUCUUUUAAAUGGCAAGUUGGGAUUUGCUUCUUCUAGCUGUACAUUUGAUGACUGAAAAAGGGACCAAAACUAGAAGCCAUUGGAGUUGUCAUAUAACAGGCAAUAAUCCAAUUUAUUUCAUAGUUAGAAUGAUAGAAUGUAAAUGAUAUAUCUAUUCUUCCAAGUUAGGAAAAGGGAAAAUAGAAAUUCGUAAUGUUAUUACGGAGCUCGAGCAUUCGAGUUAUUGAA